GAAGUUCAACUCCUACACUGCUGCUCCAGUUCACCUGCCACAGAAAUCUACUUUAAAACAAACAAAAAAGGAAGAAAAUCCUGGUGCCUUCAUAUUAUUUUUACCAACAGAGUGUCAAUUUAAGAAGACAAAAACAAGCCACCGGCUGCCUCCCUCAUUCGGAUAAUCCAAUCUGUCACUGUCCUGACACGAGUGGUCUCUUCACAAGUAGGCCUGAAGAAUCGCUGAGUCCGAGCUUGAACUUUCCUCUGCACGGUCCAACACCCAGGUGUGACCCCCGCGGCGAGAUUAUAAAAGUGGACGAGGACAGGGCUGUCAUGAUGAGCAACAACUACGGCGACGACCAGCUGCCCCCGCAGUACUACCAGGCCACGGACUUCGGCGAGGAGGAGGACGACGAGAUGCCGGCCACCGAGAAGGACCUGGCCGAGGACGCGCCGUGGAAGAAGAUCCAGCAGAACACCUUCACCAGGUGGUGCAACGAGCACCUCAAGUGCGUGAACAAGACCAUCACCGACCUGCAGAAGGACUUCAGCGACGGGCUGAAGCUGAUUUCGCUCCUGGAGGUGCUGAGCCAGAAGAAGAUGUACAGGAAGCACCACGUCAGGCCCAACUUCCGGCAGAUGAAGCUGGAGAACGUCUCUGUGGCACUGGAGUUCCUGGACAGGGAGCACAUCAAGCUGGUCUCAAUAGAUAGUAAAGCCAUUGUGGAUGGGAACCUGAAGCUGAUCCUGGGUCUCAUAUGGACGCUCAUCCUGCACUACUCCAUCUCCAUGCCCAUGUGGGACGAUGAAGACGACGAGGAGACGAAAAAGCUGACGCCCAAGCAGCGCUUGUUGGGCUGGAUUCAAAAUAAGGUGCCCCAGCUGCCCAUCAACAAUUUCAACCGUGACUGGCGAGAUGGGAAGGCCCUUGGAGCUCUGGUUGACAACUGCGCCCCCGGUUUGUGCCCCGACUGGGCGGAGUGGGACCCCAAUAAGCCUGUGCAGAAUGCCAGGGAAGCCAUGCAACAGGCUGAUGAUUGGCUGGGUGUGCCUCAGGUAAUUGCCCCUGAGGAAAUUGUGGACCCAGAUGUGGAUGAGCACUCGGUCAUGACGUACUUGUCUCAGUUCCCCAAGGCCAAACUGAAACCUGGGGCUACUCUCAAACCCAAACAGCUUUUUCCAGACAAGGUCAAAGCCUAUGGACCAGGUAUUGAACCUCAGGGCAACAAAGUUCUGCACCCAGCUGUGUUCACAGUAGACACUUUGGAGGCUGGCAGCGGUGAAGUCUUGGUGUUUGUGGAGGAUCCUGAGGGACACAAAGAGGAGGCUAAAGUUAAACCCAACAAGGACAAAAACAGAACCUACACUGUCACCUACCUUCCCAAAGUUGAGGGUGUCCACAAGGUGAAAGUGCUGUUUGCAGGUCAGGACAUUGACAAGAGCCCCUACACUGUGAACGUGACGAAGGCGAUGGGCGACCCAAGCAAAGUCCACGCCAGGGGUCCGGGUCUGGAGCCGACAGGCAACGUGGCCAACAAACCAACUUACUUUGACAUCUAUACAGCUGGUGCUGGCCACGGUGACAUCAGCGUGGUCAUUGUGGAUCCUCAGGGUAAAAAGGACACGGUGGAGCUCAUGCUGGAGAGCAAGGGGGACAGUGUGUUCCGCUGCACCUAUCGCCCCGUGCAGGAAGGGCCUCACGCCAUCCACGUCCUGUUUGCAGGCCAGGAGAUCCCCAGGAGCCCGUUCACUGUCAACAUCGCUGAGGCUCCAGCAGUUGCUCCUCCUGCGGGGGCACCACUGCAGAUAGCACCUCAGUCAGUGCGCACCCCUCCUGGAGUGAAGGGUGGGACGGGGGUUCCCCCCGCAAAGCCUGGUCAUCCAACCUCAAACCCAAAUGCUUGCAGAGCCACUGGCAGAGGGCUUCAGCCUAAAGGUGUGAGAGUAAAGGAAGUUGCAGACUUCAAAGUUUUCACCAAAGGAGCUGGAAACGGUCCACUAAAUGUCUCAGUUAAAGGACCAACUGGAGCAGAGGAGCAAGUGAAAGUGAGAGAUACAGGGAACGGAGUGUUUGAGUGUGAAUAUUACCCUCUUAAGCCUGGUAAAUACACAGUGAGCAUCACCUGGGGAGGCCAGCCUAUCCCACGCAGUCCCUUUGAAGUGGAGGUGGGUAAGGAAGCAGGUGUUCAGAAAGUACGGGCCUGGGGUCCUGGUCUAAAGACUGGCAUGGUGGGAAAAUCGGCUGAUUUUGUGGUUGAGGCCAUUGGCACUGAAGUUGGAACUCUGGGCUUCUCCAUUGAAGGCCCAUCGCAGGCUAAAAUUGAGUGUGAUGAUAAGGGUGACGGCUCCUGUGAUGUGAGAUACUGGCCCACCGAGCCAGGGGACUAUGCUGUCCACGUCAUUUGCGAUGAUGAAGACAUCAAGGACAGUCCUUUUAUGGCCCACAUUCUACCUGCCGCCAAUGAUGUCUUCCCUGAGAAAGUUAAAGCCUAUGGGCCGGGCUUGAAGCCGACUGGUGUGAUUGUAAACAAACCAACUGAGUUCACCAUCGAUGCUCGCAUGGCCGGGAAGGGUCAACUCAAGAUUUACGCACAGGAUGCUGAAGGUUGCACCAUCAACAUCAAGAUCACUGACAAAGGGGACGGCACAUUUCUCUGUGUGUACACUCCUGUCAAACCCAUUAAACACACCAUCAUCAUCACCUGGGGUGAGGUCAACGUGCCCAACAGCCCCUUCAGGGUGCUGGUUGGAGAGGGCUCUCAUCCUGAUAAAGUCAAGGUCCAUGGGCCCGGAGUAGAGAAGACGGGGCUCAAAGCUAACGAGCCGACAUACUUCACUGUGGACUGCAGCGAGGCGGGUCAAGGAGACAUCAGCAUUGGAAUCAAGUGUGCCCCGGGGGUGGUCGGACCGGCUGAGGCUGACAUCGACUUUGACAUCAUCAAGAAUGACAAUGACACCUUCACUGUCAAGUACACUCCACCCGGUCCGGGACGAUACACCAUCAUGGUGCUGUUUGCUGACCAGGAAAUUCCUAUCAGUCCUUUCAAAGUCAAGGUGGAUCCUUCCCAUGAUGCUGGUAAGGUGAGAGCAGAGGGUCCUGGACUCAACAAAACAGGCGUGGAGGUGGGCACUCCAACCCAUUUCACCAUUUACACAAAGGGAGCUGGAAAGGCAAAGCCUGAGGUGCGUUUUGCAGCAUCAGGCCCCGGAGAGGCUGUUUGUGACUUUGAGAUCAUCGAUAAUCACGAUUACUCCUACACUGUCAAGUACACAGCUCUUCAACAGGGCAAUAUGGCCAUUUCUGUGACACAUGGUGGAGAUCCUAUCCCCAAAAGCCCCUUCCACAUCACAGUGUCACCAGCUCUGGAUAUUGGAAAGGUGAAAGUGAAUGGACUGGAUACCAAGGUGGAGGUUGGAAAGGAUCAAGAAUUCACAGUAAACACAAAGGGCGCAGGUGGGCAGGGCAAUGUAGGUGUGAAGAUGACGUCUCCUUCUGGCCGACCAAUCCCAUGCAAGAUGGAGUCGGAUAAAGCCAAAAGCACUCAUGGUGUGAAGUACAUCCCCCCGGAGGAGGGACAGUACAAAGUGGAUGUCAGCUAUGAUGGGAACCCUGUGAUGGGAAGCCCAUUUGGGGUUGAAGCAGUCAUGCCAGCUGAUCCUUCGAAAGUAAAAGCCUUUGGCCCAGGCCUGAAGGGCGGCAUAGUGGGUAAACCAGCUCCGUUCACCAUCGACACAAAAGGAGCAGGUGCAGGUGGGCUUGGUCUGACAGUGGAGGGUCCCUGUGAGGCAAAAAUUGAGUGCCAAGACAACGGCGAUGGCACAUGCUCAGUGUCCUACCUUCCCACUGAACCCGGAGAGUACGCCGUCAACAUUCUAUUUGCGGAGCAGCACAUCCCUGGCUCCCCGUUCAAAGCUGCGGUUCGCCCAGCUCUCGAUCCCAGCAAGGUAACGGCUACCGGGCCAGGCCUGGAGAGGGCCAAGGCAGGCGAACCGGCAACCUUCACCGUGGACUGCACCAGAGCGGGCAACGCUGAGCUUACCAUCGAAAUUGUGUCAGAGACCGGGGUCAAAGCUGAGGUGCACAUCCAGAAAACUUCAGAGGGGAGCUUUUCUGUCACCUACAUCCCAUCCUUUCAAGGCUCUCACACCAUCACCAUCAAAUACGACGGCCACAUGAUCCCGUACUUUCCAAAAGUCUUACAGGUGGAACCCUCAGUGGACACCAGUGGAGUUCAUGUCUACGGGCCUGGAGUGGAGCCCAGAGGAGUCCUCAGGGAAGUCACAACCCACUUCAUUGUUGAUGCGCGUGCCCUCAACAAGGUUGGAGGCAGUCAUGUAAAGGUCCACAUCAUCAACCCCUCCGGCGCCAACACGGACUCCUACAUUACCGACAAAGGCGACGGCACUUACAGGGUGGAGUACACAGCCUUCGAGGAUGGAAUGCAUAUGAUCGAAGUCGUGUACGAUGGAGCGCCCGUGCCGAAGAGCCCCUUCAGAGUGUUUGUGGUCGAAGGAUGUGAUCCAACUCGGGUGCGUGCCUUUGGGCCAGGAUUGGAGGGAGGAGUAACCAACAAGUCAAACUGUUUCACCGUGGAAACCAGGGGUGCUGGUACAGGAGGCCUGGGUUUGACCAUCGAGGGAGCCUCAGAGGCAAAAAUAUCCUGCAAGGACAACAAAGAUGGCAGCUGCAGUGUGGAAUACGUCCCCUUCACUCCCGGUGACUAUGAUGUAAAUAUUACCUACGGAGGGCAGCCUAUCCCUGGGAGUCCAUUCCGCGUGCCUGUAAAGGACCCAGUAGAUCCCAGCAAGGUGAAAUGCUCCGGUCCAGGUCUGGGUACUGGUGUGAGAGCCCACGUUCCUCAGACUUUCACUGCAGACUGCACCCAGGCUGGACAGGCCCCGCUGGAUGUCAAACUCUACGGACCUACAGGUAGCGUGGAGCCUGUUGGUGUGAAAAACAACGGCGAUGGCACCCACACAGUUCACUACACCCCAGCUCAGGAUGGUCCCUACACUGUAGCAGUCAAAUAUGCAGAUCAGGAAGUUCCACACAGUCCAUUCAAGGUGAUGUCUCAGCCUGGGCAUGAUGCCAGUAAGGUUCGCGCCAGUGGCCCUGGUCUAGACACUAAAGGUGUUUCUGCCAGCCUGCCUGUAGAGUUUACCAUCGAUGCUCGUGAUGCUGGAGAGGGGCUGCUCACUGUGCAGAUUCUGGAUCCAGAAGGCAAGCCAAAGAACGCAACCAUCCAGGACAACAGAGAUGGGACAUACACCGUGUCCUACGUACCUGACUCUACAGGCCCUUAUACAAUCACAAUUAAAUAUGGAGGAGAUGAAAUUCCCUACUCUCCAUAUCACAUCCAGUCUCUGCCCACGGGAGAUGCCAGCAAAUGUCUCCUAACUGUUUCAAUUGGAGGACAUGGCAUGUCAAGUCUCCAGAAGCUGCAGACCUCAGAGGAUACAGUCAUCACAGUGGAUGCCAAGGCAGCCGGGAAAGGCAAGGUGACCUGUAAGGUGCUCACUCCACAGGGGAUGGAGUUGGACAUGGAUGUGGUGGAGAACCACGACGGGACAUUUGACAUUUACUACACAGCCCCUGAACCUGGGAAAUAUGUGAUUACCAUCCGUUUUGGGGGUCAGAACAUCCCAAAGAGCCCCUUCAAUGUGAUGGCCACGAAUGAACAGGUGGUUCCUCGUGAUACUGUGGAUCCGCUCUUCCGUCCUGUUAACUUCCUGGUUCCUUUCACGCCACAGCAAGGAGAGAUCACAGGUGAGGUGCGGAUGCCUUCUGGCAAGACUGCCCGCCCACACAUCACCGAUAAUAAGGACGGCACCAUCACAAUCAAGUACCAGCCCACAGAGAGAGGCCUGCAUGAGAUGGACAUCAAAUAUGAUGGGAACCACAUUCCAGGAAGCCCUCUGCAGUUCUAUGUGGAUGCUGUGAACAGCGGAGUGGUGACUGCUUACGGUCCAGGUUUGAGUUACGGAACAGUUAACAAAGCUGCCACUUUCACUGUGGUCACCAAGAAUGCAGGAGAAGGUGGUCUGUCACUAGCAGUCGAGGGGCCCUCAAAAGCAGAGAUCACUUGUAAAGACAACAAAGACGGCACCUGCACUGUGUCCUACCUGCCCACAGCUCCAGGAGACUACAACAUCAUUGUCAAGUUCGACAACAAGCACAUUCCUGGCAGCCCCUUCACUGCCAAGAUCACAGGAGACGACACCAUAACCAGAACCUCUCAGCUCAACGUCGGCACAGCAGCCGACGUGUCCCUGAAGAUCGCAGAGACGGACCUGAGCUCCCUGACCGCCAGCAUCAGAGCUCCAUCCGGCAACGAAGAGCCCUGCCUGCUCAAGAGACUCCCCAACAGACACCUCGGCAUCUCUUUCACUCCGAAGGAGGUUGGUGAGCAUGAAGUGAGCGUGAGGAAGAAUGGCGUGCACGUUGCAAACAGCCCUUUUAAAAUCAUGGUUGGCCAGUCUGAGAUCGGUGAAGCCAGCAGAGUGAAGGCUUUCGGGAAGGGCCUGGUGGAGGCGCACACUUUCGAAAUGGCAGAAUUUUUUGUGGAUACAAGGAACGCAGGUUACGGUGGCCUAGCUUUGUCAAUUGAGGGUCCAAGCAAAGUCGAUAUCAACUGUGAAGAUGUAGAAGACGGGACGUGCAGGGUGACCUACUGCCCUACAGAACCUGGAAGUUAUACUGUUAAUAUAAAGUUUGCAGAAAAGCACAUCCCAGGAAGUCCUUUUACAGUGAAGGUGACUGGAGAAGGAAGGAUUAAGGAGAGUAUCACCAGGAAGAGACAGGCUUCUUCCAUUGCCUCAGUGGGCAGCACAUGCGGUCUUAACCUCAAGAUCCCAGGAAACUGGUUCCAGAUGGUUUCAGCCCAGGAGAGACUAACCAGGACGUUCACGCGCAGCAGCCACACCUACACCCGCACCGAGCGAACAGAGAUCAGCAAGACCCGCGGCGGGGAGACCAAGAGGGAGGUACGAGUGGAGGAGAGCACCCAGGUGGGAGGAGGGGGGAGCCCUUUCAGAGACGUCUUUGGAGAUUUUCUGGGCAGAGAGAGCCUCAGCAGCUUUGCUGGCAUCACAGCCAGACCUGAGGCUGAGAGUGGUUCGCAGGCCAUGACAGCGCAGGUGACCAGCCCCGGUGGGAAAACGGUGGACGCCGACAUCGUAGAUGGCGGGAGCAGCACGUACAGCGUGCGCUUCAUCCCGCAGGAGAUCGGACCCCACACUGUAAACGUCAAGUACCGAGGCCAGCACGUCCCUGGGAGCCCCUUCCAGUUCACUGUGGGGCCCAUGGGUGAAGGCGGAGCACAUAAGGUCCGUGCAGGAGGUCCUGGUCUUGAACGAGGCGUGGCUGGAGCACCUACCGAAUUUAGUAUUUGGACCAGAGAGGCAGGAGCUGGUGGUCUGUCCAUUGCAGUAGAAGGUCCCAGCAAGGCUGAAAUCUCAUUUGAGGACAGGAAGGAUGGCUCUUGUGGCGUCUCCUACAUAGUGAAAGAGCCAGGUGACUACGAGGUGUCAAUCAAAUUCAACAAUGAGCACAUCCCUGACAGCCCAUUCAUCGUUCCAAUUGCUACACUGUCAGAUGAGGCCCGCAGGCUCACUGUGACAAGCCUUCAGGAGAAGGACCUAAAAGUGAGCCAGGAGGCCUCCUUCAUGGUGCAGCGUAACGGUGCCCGAGGUGUGGUCGACGCCAAAGUUCACAGACCCUCCGGCUCAUCCGAGGAAUGCUACGUUUCGGAGCUUGACAGUGACAAGAGCGCCAUCCGCUUCAUUCCGCGUGAGAACGGUGUUCAUUCCAUCGAUGUCAAGUUCAACGGAUGCCACAUUCCUGGAAGCCCCUUUAAUGUGCGAGUGGGAGAUCCAGGACUGAUUGGAGACCCCGGUUUGGUCACUGCACAUGGUCCAGGACUACAGGGAGGAACCACAGGCGUACCCUCCGAGUUUGUGGUGAACACCUCUAACGCCGGCUCAGGCACUCUGUCAGUCAACAUCGACGGGCCAUCCAAAGUGAAGAUGGACUGCCGGGAGUGUUUGGAAGGCUACAGGAUCACCUACACACCGAUGGCACCCGGCAACUAUCUCAUCACCAUCAAAUACGGCGGGCCACAGCACAUUGUGGGCAGCCCGUUCAAAGCCAGAAUCACAGGCCCAAGACUGUCAGGUGGACACAGCCUCCACGAGACCUCCUCCGUCUUGGUGGAAACUGUUACCAAGUCCUCCAAAAUUGGUGGCGCAUACAGCUCCUCUUCCUCCACCUCCUCGACGAAACUGACAUCUGAUGCCAGCAAGGUGGUCUGCCGUGGAGCCGGGCUUUCCAAGGCUUUGGUCGCACAGAAAAAUACUUUUACUGUUGACUGCAGCAAAGCAGGUACCAACAUGCUGAUGGUGGGUGUGCACGGUCCCCAAACUCCCUGCGAGGAGGUGUACGUCAAGCACAUGGGCAACAAGCUCUAUAAUGUCACCUACACGGUCAAGGACAAGGGCAGUUAUACCGUCAUCGUCAAAUGGGGUGACGAUAACGUCCCUGGGAGCCCUUACAAAGUGGCUGCGCCUUAAAAAAAAAAAACUGCACAAAAGCUGCCGACCCUUCCGCUCCACUGAACCCUCUGACCUGAUUUUAUUUUUUCCAUCAUCUGCAAACAUCCUUUUUUCUUUGAGUUUAGCAAAGUUCUCAACACAAAAAAACCCUACAAAGACGUUUGCCUGUAGCUUUACUGUUACUAUCUACUGUGCCAACAUUUUGUAUUAACUCGAGAAAUAAUGUUAAACACUCAUAGCUAUGCGUUCACAGGAAAUGUAGAGGGAACUGUGUGGUUUAGAGUUUUUUUGAGUGAGGUUUGUUUAAGAUGCUGCCCUGUUUUUUGUUUGUUUAAGUGUAAACAGAAGAUAUAAUGCAAAUGUUAAGAGAUGCUGGAGUAUUUAACUCCAUGAAAGUGUGAUACAUUGUGGUUUUGUAAGGUUACAGACUUGGAAAAUGAAUUUGUUUUUGUUAAUAUUAACCCCUUUUUUGGUAAGUCUUUGCAGACCUAAUAAAGAUUUAAUUGCUAACUUUCCAUAUUAAA